AUGGCAGACGCUGAAGUCCAGUCGCUACAUUACUCUGUUGGUGUUUUAGGAAUCUCCGGGGGCUCGUUGCUGCUUCUGGUGAAUGGAUAUGGCAGCACGCCAGAAGGCAGCCUCAUCUCCAGCACGGCUCUGGGAGUUCUGCUCCUCAUCAUUGCUGCCCUGCUGGCCUAUUCUGGUGUGCGACGCAGCCUGUCUCCUGCCCCUCUCUUCACGUGUUUGUGUUUGACCGUGUCUGCCCUGUGGUGUGGCUCGGGUCUGGUGUAUAUUCUGGUGGGGGAGGGCUAUGUAAACCCCACUGAGGGGCUCAGAAAUGCCAUGAUACCUGGCCUAGCAGCCUUCACGUUAGCCUUAUUCAUCCUGGCCCUGGUGGCUGUUCUAUCCAAGAAGGUGGUGCUCUUUAUCAUCGCACUCACCAUCAGCUUAGCCUGUGCCCAUCAGAUAGCUGGCCUCGCUGACGUUAGCUUUGGACAGGGCGCGACGGCCGCUAACUACCUCUUUGUGUGCUUUGUGGGCGUGUACUUCGGCAGUGGGCGCCUGCUGUCCUAUAUCACGCGCGGUGAUGUUCAGCUUCCCGGUACCGGUGCCGACAAGUCCGGCCAGACCCAGACUCCGCAGGGUCUGGACAGCGGUGACGUGGUGGCCGUGGGUCUGGUCAUGAACCUGCUGGCGGCUAGCGUGCUAGCCUGCCCCCUGCUGGGCGUAAUCCCCGAGCUGUUUGUGGGCCUCGUGCCGUGGCUGUGGACGGCCGGCGUGUUCCAGUUGGGCGUCUGCGUCCUCUGCUACCGCGGCCUCGACAUCUACUCCGCCACGUUUUACGGCUUCAUGGCCGUCCUGAGGUUCGCCGAAGGCUACAGCGCCCUGGUGGCGAAUCUGACCGAAACGCGACCGUACUCCCCCGUCCCCUUCCCCGCGGUGUUCGCCAUCCUCUUCUUCGUCCUGGCGCUGUUCAGCGUCCAGAGAAGCGUGGCGGACAGCGUCUACCAGCUGUUCUUCGUGGCGUACAGCAUCGCGAUCGCGGCUCAACCCGGCGGUUUCUUCCAGGGCGGCACGCAGGGCGUGCAGGCGGCCAUCUUCGUGGCGACCGCCCUCAUGCUCCUGGUCAGCGUCAACAACAAGGCGUCGCCGUACAAAGUGCCCACGGGCGACGGCCUGCUGAAGUCCCUCCUCACGCGCACCAGCUUCAUCUCCCUGAGGCCUCACGACAAAGACUUCCACGCGCCGUACCUCGGCUACUCCAAGUACGCCGACGCCGAGAUCCUGGGCCACGCGUCCAGCGUGCUGGCCGCCUUCGCCAUCACGGCGACGGUGGGCGCCGACGGGCCGCUGGCCGUGCUAAUCCUGCCGUGGGCGGUGGUGUCCGGUGGCCUUCUGCAGCUGCUCUGCGGCUCGGUGGCGUUCUCGCGCGGCAAGACGCUGGAGAGCGCCGCCUUCAUCAUGUACGGCUUCAUGUGGACGGUGUGGGGGCUGACGCGCUUCGGUGGCCUGUACGGGAGCACGCGCGGCUUCAGCGCGGCGGUGGGCAUCAUCAGCUUCAUGCUCUUCAACGGCCUGGUGACGGCGGGCGCGCUCUACCUGAGCGCGGCGUGGUUCGCCUACGCCUUCGCCUUCCAGCUGAUCCUCAUCAGCUUCCUGCUGGACGCGGUCGGCGCGCUGCCCUACGGCUACGACAUCGGCGUCACCAUCGUCUUCGGACUGGUCAGCUUCUACUGCUUCCUGGCCAACCUGUUCAACAGCACCUUCCAGAAGCCGCAGAUGCCGCUGGGCGCGCCGCUCAUCAAGCUGGGCGGCGCGGGCAAAGAGAAGUGUCCCCACCUGACCGCCAGGAAGGCCACGUCUGUGAUGGAGAUCGCAGAGAUCAUGAAGAAUGGCGGUAUAUGCGGGAUGCCAACAGAUACGGUGUACGUACUGGUAGCAGCUUGUAAUCGCCCCGAUGCUGUUGAAAAAGCCUACAAGACAAAGCAGCAUGCUGGAGACCGGCCCAUGUCCCUGUGGGUGUCGUCCAUUAAGCAGCUGGAGCCAGUGAGGGAUCAGAUCAACCCGCUGCUCUGGGACCUCAUGGAGGCCGCCUGGCCCUCGUCCAUCAGCCUCGUCAUCCCACGAGCGCCCUGGAUGGAGUUUUUUGGGUGGAAAGACUCUUCAAAGUACAUUGGCACACCACAAAGCAUUGCCAUCAGAAACCCAGACUGCACAGUGGCAACACAGCUUAUUAGCCUGGUCGGGCCCAUGGCCGUGACCUCAGCCAAUCCCACAGGGGAAGCAGACACGACUCAUCACAACCAGGUGUAUGCUAAACUGGGAGACAAGGUGGAGGGGGUACUUUGUGAUGGGCCUUCGCCAGAGAACAUCGCCUCCACCGUGGUGGACUGUACCAAGAUCGAGAGCGGCAACAUCGGCUUCUUCAGAGUGGGACUCAUCCCAAAGUCACAGGUGUUACAGUUGUUUGAGGAGGUCCAGAGGAAGCACGUUCGGGGGCAGAUGAACCCCGGGUUCGAGACGGACCUCAGCGACUCUGUGGGAAGCCAGAGAGAGGCAGGCGAAGAGGAGACACCAGCAGAGGAGGAGACGACAGCAGACAUGGAUGACUCGCUGGACACCAACUCAGCAUCAGACGACUCCCUUUAGAGCUGAAAACAUGUCACACACACAAGCAUGAGUUAAUAUUCUUAGAGUCUUGUUUUUCUACUUUUUUAUCAUUUCUUUACUUCAUUACACUACAUUGCAGAGGCAGGUCAGAGGAUUGGCUAGCAUAGGUUUGAACUUGGUCCAUGAAUUUUAAAAUCAUUGUUCUUUAAGUACAGUAUCAUAGAAUAUAUGAGUGUAGAUUAAUUUUUCAUUGUCUUAAUUCCAUAAUCCAAAAAGACACAGUGAUUGAAGUUUUAAAAGGGUCAUAUGUAGGAUAAGUUUAAGGAAUGUUUCAUUCUGUAUAGCAUGUCAGAUCAAAUAAAAGCCAAACAUUGUUACAAUACUUGUUAUAUGUAAUGCCAUCUACCAUUAUGUAUGUUUACUUACUUGAUCAAAGUUAUAGUGCAAUAUGUGUAUGCUAUUAAAUUAUUUAUGUUGUUAUAGGGCUAUUCUUAUUAAUUUGCCUUAAAUUCUAUUGAAAUAAAAUGUAUAUAUAAGUGCAUCUAUUGUAAAUAGGAUAAAAACAAAAUCAGUGAAACACUGCUGGAAGUUUUUUGUAAAUGUAAUACCUUUUUUGUAUAAUAAAUAGAAUGCUAUUUG